AACUCUAACCGUAUUGUUAACAACACGUUAUCACAAUAGAACAUUUAACCACUAACGUGUUACAGUGAAGUGAAUGUAUUCGAUUGAUUUUGGUUCGAACUGUUUCAGUGCAAAAAACACAGUUGUGCUAGACGAAAUCGCGAUACACUGACGUGAUGAACCAAAAUCGACCGAUUAAUUCAAAGUUUCAGCCGAUGAGUAGUAAGUAGUGUUACGAACAAUUGUUUUGGACAUUUCACACGUGUGUGUCUCUCGGUAAAGAUGCGUAUAAAAAAGACGUUUCUGGUUUACGAAAAUGAAAACAAAUGCCGCAGUGAGAAGGAGCCUUUACUGCAAGAUUCGGAUAACAGUGAGGAUUAUUGGCUCAGCUCUCGUCCCAGUCAGCAGUUCAACGUCAUCAGACGGGUCUACCAGCAAGAUGCGCUCAACAAGGACGCCGAUUACCAAGUUCCUGAUAGACCACUGGGUCACCGCUGCAAAAAACUGGUCAACAGUUGCGGCAUCGGUGAAUGUCUCCUCAAUUCAGUGCCGCUGAUCAGAUGGCUGCCGAAAUACAAAACUAAAGAGUAUCUCGUCGGGGAUUUGGUUGCUGGAGCUACCACCGCUGUUAUGCACAUACCUCAAGGUAUGGCGUACGCGUUGCUGUCAGAAGUACCACCGAUAGUUGGAUUGUAUAUGGCAUUUUUCCCGGUGCUAAUCUACGUUAUAUUCGGUACCUCCCCUCAUAUUUCCAUGGGAACAUUCGCGGUCGCUUGCUUGAUGGCUGGAAAGGUUGUGACACAGCACGCUACGGUUCUAGACGUGACCCAUGGGAACAGCACGAAUGGUAGUACAGCGCCUGAAACUGGUAUAGAAUACACACCCAUACAAGUUGUAAGCGUCGUUUGCCUCUGCGUUGGCAUGUAUCAAAUCGUGAUGUGGAUGUUUCGUCUCGGUGCAGUAUCCACUUUGCUGUCAGAUUCCUUGGUGUCAGGAUUCACGACGGCCGCCUCAUUCCAAGUCGUCGCCUCUCAGCUGAAGGACCUGUUUGGGGUCAAGAUAGGGAAGACGUCCGGGAACUAUAAAGUCGUCUUUACAAUAGUUGAGGUGGUGAAAAAUCUUCCGAACCUGAACUGGGCUGCGUUCGUGAUAUCGCUUAUCACUUGCAUCGUCAUAGCUUUGAACAAUGAACUGCUUAAGCCGUGGGUGAGUAAACGCAGUAGAGUGCCAGUUCCUGUAGAGCUAUUGGCCAUCGUCGUCGGCACGUUGGUCUCCAAGUUCGGGGGGCUGAAGGAGCAAUUCGGCAUCAGUUUGGUCGGACAUAUACCGACCGGCCUUCCGGUGCCGCAAGUACCCGCCAUCGAGCUGAUCCCGCAAGUGGCCGUGGACGCCUUCACCAUAACGAUGGUGACCUAUACCAUAUCGAUGUCCAUGGCUUUAAUAUUCGCGGCCAAGGAGAAAUACGAGAUCGACGCCAAUCAAGAAUUAUUAGCGCUUGGAGCCAGUAACGUGUUCGCUUCGUUCUUCUGCUGCAUACCUUUCUGUGCCAGUCUGUCGCGCUCGUACAUACAGUACCAGGCGGGUAGCAAGACGGGAGUGACGUCAGUCGUGAGUGCGUCCCUCAUCCUCUGCGUGCUGCUGUGGAUCGGGCCAUUCUUCGAGGACCUCCCUCGGUGCGUGCUGGCCGGCAUAAUCGUGGUCUCGCUCAAGGGAAUGUUCAUGCAGAUGAAGGAGCUUACGAAAUUCUGGGGUCUCAGUAAGCUGGACGCCAUGGUGUGGCUGAUCACUUUCCUGGUGACGCUAAUCGUGAACAUCGAUAUCGGUCUCGGGGCGGGUCUGCUGGCCAGCGUGGGCGCCUUGUUCUGCCGCUCCCAGAAACCCUACACCUGUCUCCUGGGCAGAGUUCUGGACACCGAUCUCUACCUUGACACGAAGAGAUACAGAGCAGCAGAAGAGCUGCCGGGCAUCAAGAUAUUCCACUACUGCGGCGGCUUGAACUUCGCCAGCAAGAACCUGUUCCGGUCGACUCUCUUCCGGAAGAUCGGGUACAUGAAACCGGCCGUCGUGACGCACGACGAGGACAACAACCUCACCAAGAGCGAAUCCUACGAAUGGGAUCCCAGUAUCAGUCACAAGGUACAAUGUGUGAUAAUAGACGCAACCGCUUUGUCGUACGUUGACGCGCCCGGGAUCAAGAGUUUGAUAGCAGUUCAGAGAGAACUAGUUAGCAGCAAUAUUACGGUGCUAUUGGCGGGAGCUAACGGGCCCGUGCUGGAAAUGAUCGAGAGAUACAACAAUUUGGAGGCCGAGAGACUUCAGUUGGACACGUUCCCGACCGUGCACGACGCGGUCGUUUACUACAACGUAUCAGAGGCAAGAAAGCACGACGUACCCGUCACGAUAGCGCCGUGACACCAAACAAACUAGAGCUAAUAAAAAAAGUUUAAUUAUUUAGUAACGGCACGGAGACUUGUCGAUUGGUUGAACUGUUUUUUUUACUGGUGGUAGGACGUCUUGUAAGUCCGCACGGGUAGGUACCACCGCUCUGCCUGUUUGUGCCGGGAAGCAGUAAUGCGUUUCGGUUUGAAGGGCGGAGCAGCCGCUGUGACUGAGACCUUAGAACUUAUAUCUCAGGGUGGGUGGCGGCAUUUACGUUGUAGAUGUCUAUGGGCUCCGGUAACUUCUUAACACCAGGGGGACUGUGAGCUCGUCCACAAAUCAAUGCAAUAAAUAAUUCGAACGGCUAUGAAUUGAAUGAGUUCGUUUUAUGCCGAUCUCGCUGUUCGGCACAAUUAUUAUUUAGUAUCGGCAUAAAAUGUUCGAUCACGCUUAGUUAGUAAGUAGUACAUAACGUUAUCGGAACAGGGGAAUAGUGUUAAUUCUAGAAGAAGGUAAACUAUUUAGUUACGGCAUAAAAAUGUAAUUAUGAUUGUUUUAGAUACAGUAUAUAGUUACGUAUCGUUACAUUCUUCUUAUGAAUAUUAUAUUAUGUUUACUUGUAUUGAUUACACCGUGAACAAUUAUUAUUUAAGAAAGGCAGAUAGACGUUUCACCAAAGUUGUACAUUUAUUUAUUUAUUUUCAUAAUUUAUUUGACUUGAAAUUUAAAUGUUCUCAAAAAAAAUUAACUAUGUAAUUUGAUUAUUCUACUAAAAUAAUAAUAAAAACGUUAUUAGAACUCUGUAAGACAAUUUUGAUGAUCCCAAAUAUUUUAUGCCAGUUAUUUGGCCAUUGAAAAUGUAUUUGGUAAUAGCAUAUUAAUUAUAUUUAUACAUCUUAAGUGAACCUUUCAGUGAAGAAUUAUUUUAAUAUCGAUUCACUGGACAAAGCAUAGAAACUAACCGUCUCUGUAAGUUGUUUUAAUUGAAUCUGUAAUAUAAAGCAAAACAGCCUCCUUGGAGAUCGAGAGGGCUUUGACCUUGCGCGACAACUGUUCGUAAAUUGUAUUUUAUUUCGUACCAUAUAAAGGACAUUUUUCGGUGACGAUUUUUUGUAUCAGACAUAACUGACCGUUACUUCAUUUCGACGUGAAAUAAAGACAAACAAACAAACAAACACACUUUAUAAUUUAUAAUAUUAAUAUAGAUACUAAUACGGAUGAUUUUAUAUUAUACUUCAUCCGUAUCAUUUGUAUCUACAACUCGACCAAACCAAGUUUGCACCUCGCUGGAAUGCGGCGCCCCGCCCGCUUCCCCGCUCACCUUCCCGCGAUCGCCCUGUCGCGUCAGUACGGUUAGCAUCUUUGUCGCCGACACGCGUCAUACGAGUUUUCGUCUCCCUAUCCGUUGAAUUUUAAAUUUUUUAAUUGCUCUUGUUCGGUUUUUUGUUGAAGCUUAGUUAUAUUAAUGGACGUUCAUUUUUUUUUACUUCGAGAGGAUUGUUGUGGGCAACAAAAAUGAAAGGAAAGGUCAUACACAGUGAAGGGAGAAACCUAAAUCCUGAAAAGGAAACAUAAAGGAUAAUUAUUACUGAGCAAUUGGGAUACAAAUUUAAAAAGUGCAAGAAUGCCCGGGUGGUCUUAAUACAAAAACCCGAUAUCGCUAUAUUUAACGGCCGUCUGGUGUAGUGGUAAGUGACAUGGUCACUACACAAGGGGGUCGCGGGUUCGAAUCCCGCCAAGGGAAGAUAUUUGUAUGAUAAAUAUAAAUGUCUUUUUCAGGGUUAUGGAUGUAUAUUAAAUAUAUGUAUGUGUAUAAUAAAAAUCUUAUAUUUAUUUCCGUUAUCUGGUACCUGUAACACAAGUUCUUUACGAACUUAUCACGGGACCAGUUAACGUGGCGUGAUUGUUAGAAAAUAUUUUUUAUUAUUAUUAUUAUUCUAAUUUACCUACGUAUAAUAUAUUGUUAAAAACAAUAAAUGCAAAGUAAAAAAUCUAACAAACAUUUGUUUACAUUUUUAAAGUCAUAGCGAAUCCUUUUUUCAGACCGUACCUAAGCGGCAGUGUGACGUAAUCGAUGCGAGGUGCAAACUUAGCUUGGUCGAGCUGUACUUAAUAAGUUACUAGCAUUAAAUCAAUAUGAAAUAAGUAUGUGCCAUUUGCAUUAAAUUUAUAAAUGAAAAUGAAAUUAUUAUGAUAACAGCAAUUGCCAGUUAGACCACAAAGGUAAUUCCAAGAAAUAUUUUGAAACCAUUUUUACGGAUAAAACCGUAAAAUCCUUUUGAAUAGCACCAACUUUGGGCCACGGUUAGUUAGUCAAUCGAAAUGUUAAUUUAAACAGUAAAAAUACUUGUAAUGUUUGUGAACCGUGAAAUUUAUUUUUUUACAUUCUUUUUUUUUAUAAAUCCUGUAUUAAUUUAUUUAUUAUAAAAAAAAAGAACACAAUAUUCCUAACCUAAAAGUAUAUGUUAUUAUCCGCAACAUGCUUCGUCAAAAAGUACAAUACUUACUCUCAGCUGCAAGUGUCGUCAUUUUAUAUUAUAUAUCACUUAUUUUUAAUGCAGCUUAGAAAUAACAGUAAUUUUUCAAAAUGGUUACAGUUUUAAAAAACAAAUGGACGAUAACUAACUAAUAAUCUGAAGAGAAAAUCUGUCAAAAUGAAAAAGGUUUUCGGCUUAACAGGCAAAAGAUAAAAGAACAUACAAAACAUAAAUUUAUUUUACAUUGACGUUAUAAGACUUAUUGAGACAAAAUAAACUUAAACACGUCCGCGCACUACGAAAACCAAAAACAAAAUGAUUAGAAUUACCGUAAUUAUAUUACAUUUAAGUAAUGUCGACACGUCUUUAGCGGUAGGCAGCGGCUUGGCUCUGCUCCAGCCUGGCAUUGCUGAAGUCCAUGGGCGACGGUAACCACUUACCAUCAAUCAGGCGGGCCGUACGCUUGUCUGCCUACAAAGGCAAUAAAAAUAAAAAAAACUGUUAAAAAAAUGUGAGUGUUGCCACUUUGAAACUUCCUAAAAAUGUGAGUGUUGCCACUUUGAAACUUCCUAUUACCUACGGUAAACAGGCGAGCUGACUGCCUACAAAUACUAAGCAAACUUUCUGUACUUAUUAUUGAAUAUUUAUUUUUAUUCAAAGAUUAUGAAAAAGUUGAGUAAUUGUUACGAAUUUAUUUACCCUUGUACUUUUGAGAUUUGAUACAUAAAUCCCUUAAUUUUUUUUUAACCGACUUCAAAAAAGGAGGAGGUUCUCAAUUCGACUGUAUGUUUUUUUUUUAAUGAACUUAAUAUGGGCUAUGGUAGCUUUUAGCAAAUUAAAUUAUUAUUGAGUUUCGAAUCAAACUUAUUUCGUACUUAAAUUAUUAUGAUGUAAUAUGUGAACAAUUUUGUAUUUAUUAAAUCAAGUUCAACUCUUUGAUCCCCACGUAGGUCACUAGUGCCCUACGCGGCGCACUGAAGUAAUUAUGCUGGAUUACUAAGGCGCUGGAAUAUCUAGUAGACUCUGGGAAAGACGAAUCCAAAGAUACUGAGAAUGAAUCGUAUUUCUAACAGACCUAUAAAAGACUAAAACAUAUCGUCUUCUCGCAUUAAAACUGUAUAGGUAACCUCAAUACUUACUAAUUUUACAGGAGAGUGUUUUAAAGGUUUAACAUGUAAUAUUCUUAAAAUUAAUCAUAUUUGCAACAUUAAUUUUUUAAUUUUUACCAGUUACAUUAUCUCUUUUAAAGUAAGAUAAAAUUAUGUAUUAAUUUUGUUAAUAGUAGUCAAAAGACAGAGGUAAUCUAAAAAAAAAAAAAACUAAAACUAAACUACGCUCUUUUGACAGUAUUUAUUAGAAAAAUACUGUUGAUACCAAAUGUUUACACGCAUGUUGACUCAAUUUUGAAUAUUUUUGGAAAUUGUACACUUUUAAUGCAAAAAGGCGACCUAUUACCAAACAAAAGAAGGUGAGAUUAGUCAAUCUAGACGCUUGAUAACAGAAAUCGACAUAAUUACUUGAGUGCGCCGCGUAGGUCACCGGUGACCUAUACGACAGUCAAAGGGUUAUUACCAUAUAUAUCCAUUGCGGGCGCUAAGAGAAAUCUUUUCAGAAACGAACGCAAUUUCUUGCUAUUUCGUCAAUACACUAUACACUUGUCUUUAUUUAAAUAUUAGUAGCAAAAAGUGAAAUAAAAUUAAUGAUUUUGUAAUAAGGACUAAAUAGGCUUUAUAUUUUUGUUUAUGUUAGCAUAAUUAUAUUGCUCUUUUGCAGCGAAGAGGUAGCUACGUUUUCUGGUAGAGCAUUAAAGAAAAAAAUAAUAAUUUUAAAAGUUUUGUAAAGUUUUGUCGGUCAUACGUACACUUACGUAAUACUAGCAAUACAUAUAUACAACAAUGGGUUGUAACAGCAAAUAUUAAAAAAAAACUAACAACAGAAAUACUAAAUGUAACGGGAAAAUAUUGUUGUCUCCCUCGCACGCUCUAAGGCAGUGACGUCAUAAAAUUAUAUAAUAACAAACUAGAUGGUUAAGCAAAUGUCGACAGUGAGAAUCUAAAAAAAUAUAAGCCAUUGUGAAAUAUAAUUUAUAAUGUACGAAAUAUGUUUUUUUUUGUGAUAUUUAGUGUGUAGUUGUACAUUUUCAAAAUAAACGUUGUUAUAUGAUUAGUUAAAAA